CAUGAAGCUGCCAUCAAACGAUAUCGAACCUCUCAAUCAACUAGAAUCGACUCCUUCGACGUUGCAUGACGAUUGGCUCGUGACUGGCGCAGCCGUGACUGGCUCGUGAGUGGCGCAUCGCACAGCCGUGUGAUCGGAAUCGUCAGGCCAUCCAUGUACCAUUAAUCUCCAUGAGACGCUUGGGCUACGUGUACCUCGUGUCAACAUGCUUGGGAGUUGCCUAUGGCAGCCGGCCCUCCGCUGCUUCACUGAGCCUUUCUCAUGAUGAAGUCAGUGGAGACAACGACACCCAACACAGGAAGCAGAACUUGGUGGACUUGAAAGAUCAGGAUGAACUUGAGAACCAAUCCAAAGAUGAAGAAGGGAGUCCGAACAAAGACGCGGAUCAUCGAAUCACUCAGCGCCCGUGGCAGAUUUUGGAAAAGCACAAGCACGUGCUCAUGGAUUUGCAAAAGCAUCCAGACUGUUUGCAAGUGCUGGUGAUGGGCAUGAAGACCAAUGACACAGAAUCCGACUUUCAGCUUACAGGCCUCAUCCAUGAGAUGAAGAGUCAUCGCGAGUGCACACCAGUGGUCAUGGAAGUGCUUGUCCGUGGAGCCGGUCAGCCUUUCUGGCUCAGCGAGCUCUUUAACGUACACCCUGAGAGCGUCCUGAUCUUUGAGGCAUUUGUAAUUUCCGUGCUGACCUACAUGAUCGUGGCGCACCUAAUCCGCUUCUUCGCGAAUCACAUCGCCAUGAACGUCAAGGAUCCCCUCGCGUGCGUGAACGACCCUGUACCAGGACCUCCUAGCCCCGUGUCGUGGAUCGUGGACAUUUGUUCCCACUGUCUCCCAUGCUUACGGCGGGUGCCGGGAUUGGACGGGGUCUCUACUGAUCCGGGCUCCAGCGGGGAGAACUUGAAGGAGAGCUGGAAGCCUCUGGAAGGCGCACAGCUCAAGCAGCUGCGGAGUGUCAUGAACAAAUCUCGCACACUCCAGGUGGCGGGUAUCGCAGAACAGCGGGUGAGUGGCACUUGGAAGUUGAUUGAGAUGGCCGCAGCGGCCCUGACCCCAAUUGGAAAUCGUCGCCAUUCUGCUGUCCUUUGUGACCACAGUAUGCCAAGUGGCACCCAAAAAUCGUUCCUCGGCGCUGCUGGACUAUCACGGUCGUUUGCGGCGCCUGGUCUUUGCAUAUUGGUCGCUGACGGAGGAGUUCGCACCGGAUCCCGAUGAUGAAAAGAACACCGAAGCAUUGACCAUGGGCGACAAGCUGUUUGAGGAUCGAAGGAAGACGUGCUUCAGCCACUUUGUGAUGCUUUGCAACCAGGUGACGCAGGAAGCUGAAGAUGAGUUGAGGGAAGUCUACAACGUGCCGGUGGUGCGAAAGUUGGAGAAGUUCCCUUGGAAGAAACUCGAAAACCCUGAAAAUCGUACCGGCAGCACAGGCACCAAAACAGACACUACAUAAGGGUCAGCCGAGCCAACAAAACGACGGUGGAUGCCGACAGGCGGUCAAAAGGGAGUGCGGCACCUUUCGUCCGCUUUCGUCAGUCAUGACAUGUGAGAGGAGACAAGUCCCAGAGUCACAGCAUGUCAGAAU